ACUUCCGGUUGAGCAGACCACACGUGGGCAAGUUGUGAAAAUUAUAGACAAGCAGGACAAUAUCCAAGCAAAAAAGAUGCUGAGGAGGCAAGCCAGACUUCGGAGGGAAUAUAUUUAUAGAAAAUCCAUUGAAGAAAGGGAAAGAACUAUCCACGAAAAGAAGCAGAAAAUAAAACAGUCACUAGAAGAGAAUAAAACUGUUCUUGACUUGAGGAAAGAUGCAGUGUACUUGGAAAAGACCCUUGACUGGGAAGGGGAUGGAGCUGAUGGCUUGACGACUCAUGUUGAUGACGAGUACAAGUGGGCUGGCGUGGAGGACCCCAAGAUUAUGAUCACAACGGCCAGAGACCCCAGCUCAAAACUGAAACAGUUUGCAAAGGAAAUCAAGCUUCUGUUUCCCAACAGCCAAAGAAUCAAUCGUGGUAAUUAUGAGAUGAAGCAGCUCGUCGGAGCAUGCCGAGCCAACGAUGUCACAGACCUGAUCAUGGUUCAGGAGCACAGGGGGAAGCCAGACGGCCUGGUGGUAUGUCACAUGCCGUACGGGCCGACAGCCUAUUUCACCCUCUCCAAUGUGGUCAUGAGGCAUGACAUUCCUGACGUCGGGACGAUGUCCGAGGCAUAUCCACAUCUUAUCUUCCACAACUUUACAUCAAAGUUGGGGAAAAGGGUACAAAACAUCCUGAAAUAUUUGUUUCCUGUGCCCAAGGAAGACAGCAAGCGAGUUGUUACAUUUGCUAACGAAGAGGAUUAUGUUUCAUAUAGACACCACGUGUACAAAUAUGUUGACAAAGAGCUGGAACUUAAAGAAGUUGGACCAAGGUUUGAAAUGAAAAUAUAUCAGAUAAUCUUGGGUACCCUGGAAACAGCCGACACAGCAGACGUGGAAUGGGUGUACCGGCCAUAUAUGAACACAGCCAAGAAACGCAAGGUCCUCAGCGUUGAGUGACGCAGUCUCACUGGACAAAACAACAGUGCAUUAUAGAUGGAACUCCCUGCUCAUCAUUGUACUGACAAGGGGAGACAACUCUAAUAUGCAUGAUGACUGUUGAAAGGGAUAGCCCAGAAGUUGGGGCUUCUUCAUGAUAUGAACUUUAUGCAAAGUAUAAAACUGGAAGGAAUUACAAGCUGAUUUCUGUGGAAGUGUAUUAGUGUCACAGUGUACCUAUUUUUAGGGCUCCUUGCCUCUAGGCAGGAGACCUAUUGUAAUCGUUCGGAUUAUUAUUAUUAUUUAUUACCUAUGAUGGCGAAAAUAUCGGGGUUCAUAUUUUUUCAUCAGAUGCACUAGGGUAAAAUAUCACUUUGUCAUGGUGACGUGACGUCAUGAACACUGCUAUGACGCCACGUUUCACCUGUGACGUUGCGUUCUACAUGCGCCGAAGGCGGGUAGCCUGCCUAUGUUUGAAAGUAGAUUUUGGUUUAUUUACCCGAAUUUGACAACUUCGGUAUAAACAGAAUAUUAUAUUCGUGCCCAUAUCAUACUAUGUUUACGACACU